AUGCCGCUAGAGUACGCCGGAGAGGUAUGGAAAGGAAAUAAGAAGGUAGUGAAAGAACUCGAGGCGGCGCAGAUGAAAGCAGCGAAAACCAUCCUAGGAUGCUCCAGGCGCACAAGUAAUGCAGCCGUGAGGGCAGAAUUGGGGAUCCAAUCCCUACGGUCGGGAAGAGACGCGAGAAAGUUGACAUGGCAGUACCGCAUGUGCGGGAUGGGAGAGGAGAGGUUGCUGAGAAUUGUAUGGGAGGCGAAGUGGGCAAACAAAAAGAGGGGUAGACAACCCACGGAAUGGGUCAAGGUUGUAGAGGACGUAUGGAAGGGGCUCGACAUCGACGAAGAUGAAACGCUGGAAACGGAGGGUCUACAGGGGUUCAAGGAGAAGAUAUCUGUUGCUUGUGCCGAGAGAGAAGAACAGAAUUUAUGGAAAGAAUCCAAGGAUAAGGAGGGUCUAAAAGUGUACGGAAUGUUGAAGGAAGGAAUAGGGUUCAAGGACUACCUACAUGGACCAAUGGAUGCAGGAACAAAGCUUAAGGUCAAAUUCAGGACCGGGGACAUAGGCCUUCGAGAACGUCGACGAAGACAUAGGACGGUAGACGAGGAAGACGACGAGUUCAAAUGUGAUUGCGGCUUCGAAUGCGAAGACCGUGUUCAUGUAGUCGCGGAAUGUCCGUUGUACAAGAAGGAGAGGGAAGUGUACGUGACUGAGCUGGGAAAAAUAGAUAGGCCGUAUAGGGAGAUGUUUGAGGCAUGGAAUAGAGAGGAAAGGACGGUAGCUGUACUGGGGCAAAGGAGGUAGUUUGAAAAGGCGGGAAGAGAUAUCGUUAGGAUAGGCAGACUAGGGAAGACAUAUUUGAGCCCACCUUUGGCAAAGUAGGGAGGAACAAUUGGUCAUCGGUGAUCGGUCCUGUGGGAACAAUGCUCCGUCCUCUCGAGGACGCGUGGUCAAUGGUCUAACCACUAAGGCAUGCAAAACAUAAGAGUACGCCCCCCUCUCCGCCCCGUGAAGAACCAGAAAAUAAAA